CGCAGGUUGGGACGCGAGGGCCCCGAGCUGCAGCGGGGGCGGGCCGCGAUGGCCGCGUGGGGCGAGCUGCUGGCCGGCGUGCGCGGGGUGCUGCUGGACAUCUCGGGCGUCUUAUACGACGGUGGUGAGGGCGGCGGCGCGGCGAUCGCCGGCUCCGUGGAGGCGGUGGCGAGACUGAAACGGUCCCGCCUGAAGGUGAGAUUUUGCACCAACGAGUCGCAGAAGUCGCGGGCGGACCUGGUGGGGCUGCUGCAACGGCUGGGCUUCGAUGUCUCCGAGAGCGAGGUGACCGCCCCGGCCCCUGCCGCCUGCCUAAUCCUGAAGCAGCGAGGCCUGCGGCCACACCUGCUUGUCCACGACGGAGUCCGCUCGGAAUUUGAUCAGAUCGACACAUCCAACCCAAACUGUGUCGUAAUUGCAGAUGCCGGAGAAGGCUUUUCUUAUCGAAACAUGAAUAAAGCUUUCCAGGUGCUCAUGGAGCUGGAAAACCCUGUGCUCUUCUCACUGGGAAAAGGACGCUACUACAAGGAGACCUCUGGCCUGAUGCUGGACGUCGGUCCCUACAUGAAGGCGCUUGAGUAUGCCUGUGGUAUCGAAGCCGAGGUGGUGGGAAAGCCUUCCCCUGAGUUUUUCAAGACCGCCCUGCAAGAGAUGGGGGUGGAAGCCCAUGAGGCCAUCAUGAUCGGGGACGACAUCAUGGGUGAUGUGGGCGGUGCCCAGCGGUACGGGAUGAGAGCCCUGCAGGUGCGGACUGGGAAGUUCAGGCCCAGCGACGAGCACCAUCCGGAAGUCAAGGCUGAUGGAUACGUGGACAACCUCGCGGAGGCCGUGGACCUGCUGCUGCAGCACGCAAACAAGUGACGGGCCUUCUGGGAGGGCCCCGCCUCCUGCCACCCUGCCCCGGGCCCAAACCACCCAGGGUGCUGCCCUCGGCCCUGGACAAGCGGGCAAGAGGGUGCCAGCCAGGCAGUUCUGGGCCCCUGAGCCACCAGCUCCUCCUCUGUCUCCCUCUACUGACCCCCUCCUCCCCUCACCCUCCCCAGACACAUCUCCCAGCCUCCUGGGGGGAGUUUGAUCCCCGCUGAUGGCCCAUCCCAUCUAUUUGUCCCUCUGGAAGUCGAGAGGUGGGAAGACUUGUUGAAUGCCCACACCCACCCUCUCUCCAUUCACACCACGUCCUUUAAACACCUGAGUCCAAUCAGGCGUUUGGCCACUGUCUUUGAGUGAACAGUCCCUGUGCUUUAGGGAGGCGCCUGGAGGAAGCAGGGGUCUCCCGGGCACUGUCCUUGCAGGCAGAGCUGAGCCAGGCUCCUUGGGACUGCCCGGCGGCUCCAGCCCCCACCCAGUGUCAGAGUGGGCACUCAGCACUACCCAUGCACCUCCCAAACCAUGCAGCCCCUCUCCCCAUCCCAUCCCCUCUGAAGCCAAAACAGUGGCUCCCAGGGCCACUCUGCCGUGCUUCAGCGUGAGAACUCGAACCUCCGGACGCCCGGUUGUGGGUGGAGGGUACCUGCUGGAGCCUUAACUCUGUAGACUUGUCACCCCCAGGAAAUUAAUGGUGAAAUAAACUCCGCCCUG